AAUGAACGUUUAUUACGUGAAAAGAACUGAAGCAUUUGUAAUGACAAAAUAAACGUAAAACGCCAAAGUGUAAUCAAAACGCCAAUAAAUAGAGCGUGUGUGUGUGUGCGGAAAUCAAAAUAUAUAUUCGAAAAAUAAAUCUAACGAGUUACAACCAUACACCAACUAUACACUUGCAAAAAGUAUCAGCAGAACGACAGCAGAGUGACAGAGAGAGAAAGAGAGCACAAACGAGCGAGAACGCGUGAGAGCCAAAGCUAGCCGCAGCCAGCGCAACAACGAACGUCGGCCGAAGACCGAACUUGGCGAAAUAAAUAAAACAAAAGAGCAGUCAGCUUAACAAAAUUGAAAUCCCUGAAAUUUGAUUUUCAAAAGAAAAUAUAUAUAUACUAGAUGACAAUCGGUGAAGCGUUUUAAAGCUUUUACAACUUAAAUUGUUUGUGUGCGUGCUUCUAACAAAGAGGCAUACAAACGUGUCUUGUUCGGUUUUUUCGCAAACGGCUGAGUAAGCGUAAGAAGAGUGCAAAAAACGUACAAAUCGAAAGUAUAUACGAAAGAAGAAAAAAGGAGUCAAGGAGCAACGAACUGUGUGUGUGCUGCGUGCAAAAGGCUCAAAACAAGACUGAGGCGGCAUACUGAUUUAGAAGAAGGAGAAAACAACAACAGCAACAUAUAUAAGUGAUUAUUAAUAUUAGUUUGAACCAGAGGCGCCAAACUCCCCCUCUAACUAGAGAGCAGCCCCAGCAACUCCAACCCAGCCCAGCCACUUGGUGCCGUUCCAAUCAAAUAAGCAACCUACUUGCGUUUCUUUGCGCCAGUGCGUGAAGCCGAGGAACGCGUCAGAGGGCGGCAAGGUAACGCUAAUGAGGAUCUAUUGGCAGCAUGAGUACACUGGGGGGAAGUAGGGGAGAGCGAAAUGCCAAGCCCAAAUUUACAGCGUUGGAUAUAAAUCGCAUGUACAAGAAUAGCCGUGGCGAGUCGAGUGAACCAUCUGCGCAAAAGAAUCAAGUGCCACGUAAACAUGGAAUGCAAAUCUUGGGCAAAGUGCCGUCCGCUAGGCGACCACCAGCCAAUCUGCCAUCCCUGAAAGCUGAAACCAAUAGUACACCAUUAAGCAACAAUAAUCUUCUAGCGGGUGCAGAAGGCAACAAUAGCGGACAGGCAGCAUUUGCGACAACUACAUCAUCAGGAACAGGAGCGGCGGCCGCCAACAGCAGCAGCAAUCAUCCCACUGGCCACAACAGUAGCAACAACGGUAGCAAUAACAACAGCGGUAACAGUAGCGUUGGCAGUUCGAGCAACAACAUUAGCGGCAAGCAGGCAUUGUAUAGCAAUAAUAACAGCAGCGCUAACAACAACCACAGCGCCGGUGGCGGCGGUAGCAAUAACAACAAGAACUUUAAGCUAAUCAACAACUCGUCGGCAGGAGGGUCAACUAAAACAUGGUCUGCUAUUACCACAGGCCACGAGCGUGGCGCCCACUACAUUCGUACGCCACAGGUUGUACCCCAUUAUCAGAGUCCACAGUUCCAAUUCGAGUUUCCGACUCUCGACGGCACAGUUGGGAGUGGCGGAAGCGGUGGAACAAGCGGCACAGCUCAUGCAACGGGCAAGGGAGGCAAAGAUCAUCAUCACCAGCAACACCACCAACAGCCAGGUCAUUAUCAUCAGCAGAAUCAUCAUCAUCAUCACCAGCAGCAGACGCGGGGCGGCAAUGGCGGUGGCGGCAACAGUGGCGACUACCAUCAUGGCCGCCAUCAACAGUCGCAUUCGCACCAUCAGACAUCUCACUAUGGCCACCAUCAUCACCGUGGAGGCGGCGGGGAGUCAGGCAACUACAGAGAUGGCAACGACGACGUCGGCGAUCGAGAUCUCGGCGAGGUCAGUCUCCGGCCUCCGAACGACACGGCUGCCUGGCUGCACCAACAAGAAAAGGCAGCCAAAGGUGCCGCUGGCGCAGAUCACGCAUCGAACCAACUGGGCCCGGGCCACCACCAGCAACAGGGGGGAGCGGGCAACGGUGGCAGCGGCGGUGGUAGCGUGCCUCUGCCCAUACUCUCGCUGAUGCCCUCUUUCAUGCAACGUGGUGCACCGCUGCCAAAUGCGACAAGUGGUACCGGUUCAACCACAGUUGCCGCAGUUGCUGCCGCAGCUGUCGCGGACAGGGAGUCGAAUGCAUCCUCGGCAGUCUCUUAUCAGAAUGGCAUUGUGGGUGGAGGGCGAAGUGCCUCGCCUGCAAUCGGCAGUUUUCGGGCAGCCGCUGCUAUUCCCAAGCGUCCAGCGCCCUCAUUAACGCCACCGCUAGCGGGCAGUGGCACGGCUACGCCACCACAACAGCAGCAGGCAAACGGAGGUGGCGGUGGUUCUGGGUUGUCGAAUGCUGCACGAAAGGAUAAGGAGUUUGUUGUGGAGCCUGAGGUGGCACAAAUGCAGCGGCCCAUUAUUCGAGAAGAGGACUUAGAGCGGUUAAAUGCUAUUGCCAAGGACGAUAGCUGGACGAAACAGGACGAUAUUGACUACACAAAGAAAUUAACAUUCUCCGAUGAUGAGUCAGCAGCGGAGGAGCAACAGCAUGUCACCAAGCAGCUGGCAUCUCAGCUACAGUCGACGUCGUCAUCUUCGCCGUCGUCGCAGCAGCAACCGAAUACGGAACGUGCAGUAUUGGCUGGCGAGCAACGCAAACAUUCUAGCUCCAGCAUUGGCGGCGGCAGCAGUAAUGUAGGAAACUGGCAACGUGGCAAGGAUAGCAGCGAACGUGAGGCACCUGACAGUCAGGAUGAGCGAGAGCGUGAGUUGGUGCGCCAACAAAACGGACAUCGUGGCAGUGCCGGCAACGUGGGUGGCAUUGCAUUGGAUGCCAGUGUCUAUGAACGGGUUAAGCAGCGCAAGGAGGAGGAGGAACGUCGCGAGAUGGAACGUAAACAGGCGGCGGCCAAGAAGUUGCAAGAGCUCGAAAUGAAAAUGAACAAGAACAAGGCUCAGCUUAGUUCGGAUAUUGGUACAGGGGUUGUUUCCAGCACCUCGUCCUCUGGUAUGAGUGCCGAUCAGGCUGUAACCGGGACCACGUCGUUAGGCAAUGUCAGCGAGGAUGAGAGUGGUUCGCUGACACAUCACCAACGUCGUAGUGGCGGGAGCUCCACGGGCAGCGGCAAUGGUGGCGGAGGCAGUUAUGCCUCUCGUGGCAGCGCUUCCAGUCUUGGUGGCGGCAAUAACAGCGGCGGAGGCGGCGGUAACGGUCCAAAUGCAGCCGGCAGCACUGCCAGUGGUAGCGAUUAUGGCCAGAAGGCCGUCUUUUUGACACAUUUUCAGUCGAAUUUACCGCCGCGCUUCCAACGCCAGCAACAACAGCAGCAGCAGCAGCAACAACAACAACAUCAGUUACCACGUGGUGGCAUCGAGAAAUCGGCUUCGGCGGGAUCUGCUUUUGACAGCAAUUCACGUUACUUGCAGAAGGGCCAGGGACGGAGCAUCUCCUCCAGUUAUGCGCGUGGCGGCAGCGUUGGAAGUGGUGCGGGCAGCUCGGGUGGCUACGCUCGAAACCGCCACGAUAGUGCACGCGAUGACGAUGAGCGCAGUGGUGGGGGUGGAGGUGGAGGUGUCUAUUCACGCAGUGGCUCAAGCACUGGCAGCCAGCGACUCAACGAUGAUUACAACAGACAAACGCUGCCACGCAGCAUUUCUGAAAACUCACAUCGCAAAACGAGCGUCUCAUCUGGAGAUGAUGGCUUUAAGGCCGAAAACAGCGGUGCCACAUCCUCCUGGGCAGAGCAAACAGAUGCUGAACAAAAGCAUCGACACCGUGACGAGAGUUUUUCAAGUACGCACAGUCACGACUCAGUACAGAUCAAGAUACUGCAGCGUCCAAAUCGUCAGCCUAGUCUGAGCGAAGAAACCAGCAAAGCGAUACCCGCAUCGCCACACAAACCACUAACCGGCUCCGGAUCUGGCUCCGAGUCCAUGCCGACACAAAUACUUCGACGAAGCGUAGAGACGGACAAGUCGGAAGAAAAGACAGCGGCGCCAGCCACUGAGAUGGGCCCUGACAAGUCGGAGACAAACGCUGGAAGCACUGCCAAAAGCGGAAUCGGAGCGUCAGCACAAGCCUCGGCCAAGGAUGGCAACAGCAGCACAUCUGGCGCAGAGGACAAGUCCACAUCCAACUCCUCCAGCAGCAAGCGGCCAAGUCCACGCAGCGGCGGACGACCGCGCGAUGAGCCUCGUGCCGGAUCGCGCAGCUAUGGCCGCGAGGGAGGCGGCACCAGCGGCGGCAACUAUCGCGGCACUCGCAGCAACAACGACUGGAGUAGUCGCAACAGCAGUGGCCGUCGGUAUUAUGUCAGCGGUGGGGAGCAACUUCCCUUUGCCAGCGAAUCGGAGCAGUCCGAAGAUGUGGACGAGGACAGUUACACUGCCAAUGCCGGUACUGGAGCAGGUGCCAGUGGCACCAGACGGGGCGAGCGCAGUCCCAAAGUGGCCCGCCAGGACGCACAGAGCAGCGGUGGCAGCCAAGUGAGCAGCGCCAAUCAGCCCGUCACAAUCACAACAACCAACAAAGGCUUCUCGCCACGCGGUGAGCCUUCACGUCGCGGACGUGGUGGUUUGGCUAGCGGCGGCGCCUCCAGCUAUCGACGUGGCAAUGAUUCACGUAGCAUGAACCCCGGAAGCGGCAGCCGCGCCUACGGUCGCCUCGGCUUCGAUGACUACAAGCAACGCAACUCAGAGUCAGAGUCGACGGGUAGCACAGAUCUGGACAAGACAAAACAGAAUCAAAUGGCGUUGAGCGCGGGACUGCACAAGCCCAAGGAUGCGCUAGCCACAGAUGCCGAUGAAAAGACGCGCAAGCAGCAGAGCCCGGCAACUACCGCUGGUGGUAAGUCGGAUGUGACAAAUGCCGCCGGUCUGGUCGAUGCCAGCAAGAAGCAUGGCGCCUCGCCACCCAAGCAACUGUCAUCAGCAGCUAACGCCAACAACACUGCCGUGAGCAAAGGUGGGGAUGAGGCUUCGUCCAAGGAUGCCAAGAAGGCUGACACAUCUGCAAACGUUGCUGCACGACCUCCACCUGGCCUGAAUACAACUCUAGCCGCCAAUAGUAGCAGUGCCGCCGUUGGCAGCGCUGUGAAGUCUACAGUAGCUGGAGCUGCACCCAAUGCGCUUGGUGCGCCUGGCAGUGAUCUGACCAAGAAGAAGACGGAUGCCACCAGCGGCUCCAACAGCAGUCUUGUUACCAACGUCGGCGCUCGUCCAGCACAACGCACUUCGCUCGUUAGCCUUAGCGGCGAUGUGAGUGCUCCCACUGCCUCCAUCAGUAGUAGCGGCAACACCAGCGGCAACAAUUCGACCGAUAAGUCCAAACUCUCACCAAUUGGCGACAAGUCGCAGAGUGGAGGUGGAGCGACAGCUAGCUCUGGGGGACUGCGUAUUGAUGCGGGCGCGCCCGUCAAUACAAUUAUAUUCGAAAACUCAACCUAUAAGCAGCAAGCAGCUGCCGGAGUGGGCGGUGGUGGCAGCAGUGCUCAACUGAAGCUAACUGGCGAUGCGCUCUCCGUGGCACCCAGUAGCACCAGCGCCACUGUCGAUAGAUUAACCAACGCACUUUCCCAAAUGUCGUUCGUAGGCAAGCCGACGGAUGAGGAGCAGGACAUGAAGCUGGGCUUCUCCUUUGGCAGCGACGACACCAGCACAGUACUCAAUGUGGCUGGCGAUUCUCUGGCAGAAAGCAAAACUACCAACGCACAGGUGGUGCAACAACAGCAACAGGCGCAGCAGCAGCAGCAACAACAACAACAGCAGCAGCAGCAGCAACAACAACAACAACAGGCACAGCAUAAUUCCACAGCCGAUCUGAAUAUGAAGAUAGCAAGCGUGAAGAAGGUGUGGGAGGCCACACCUAUGCCGGAGGCACAGCAGCAUCAGUCGCACUCAUCGCACGCCGCGCACCAAUCUGCUGCAGUGCAGCAGGCGCAGCAGCAGCAACAGCAGGCGCAGCAGCAACAACAGCAGGCACAGCAACAGCAGCAGGUGCAGCAGUCACAGUCAUCGGUGGAUGAUGGCAGCUCGCACAUAACCUCGUUUGUAGCCGCCGUGGCUGCCUCGCAGCAGCAACAACAGCAACAGCAGUUGCCCCACUAUCCUGUAUCGGCUGUGCAUAUGGCGAGCCAUCACCAGCACCACUCGCACUCCCAUUCACACUCACUCUCCUCGCCGGGACCCGUGCAGCAUGGUGGCUACGGCGGUCAUGGCGGUCAUGGAUCACCCUUCGAUGCCGCCAACUCGCUAGAGCCCUCAUUUGGCGCCCCCGAGGACUAUCCCAGUCCGCAGCAGCAGCAGCAACAGCACGUGGCACAGCAACGCGCCGCCGCCGAGGUGGCCAAACAGCAGCAACAUGCAGCAGCCGCCAAACAGUUGCAACAACACGCUCUGGGCAUGUCGCCACCGCCCAGUCUACAGCAACAGCACCAACAGCAGCAACAGCAGCAGCAACUGCAUAACGCCAGCGGUCCGUUCUAUCAGGCGUCGCCACAAUUUACUGGUAUUCCAACAAUUCCAAGUCCACCGGCGACCGUGGUCUUCAAUUCGUCACAGAUGGGCGCGCCACCGCCGCCAUCACAGGGCGGCAACCUAUAUGCUCCAUUCCAUUCGCUUGAUCAUUCAAAUCGCUCGCAGGCCUAUUCAGCGGCCGCAGCCCACAGCUUCCCGGGACAUUAUGCGGCUGCUGCCGGUGGCGCUUUUAAUGCAUACGCAAUGCAAACGCCACCCAAUAUGCCGCCACCUACGGGACCCACACCGGACAUGUAUUCCAAUCUGACGUCACAGUUCCGCUUAAGCAGCGGUCCCUCGCCCUUCGGUAAUCCCAAUUCGCAGCAACUGAACAAUCCGAACGCGGCUGUUGCCAUCAUCCCCUCAAACUCCAAUUCAAUGAUGUCGUCGGGCUCCGCCAAGCCGCCACCGAAUAGCAGUCAGCCCAUUGGCGCCAUAGGCUCCAAGUCCGCUGGCAGCGCUGCCGGUCCGUAUGCGGCUGCACAGCAGUUUAUGAAUCUUUAUGCGGCUCCGCCUCCGCAGCACCCACCCACCCACAGUGGACCACCGCCAGGAGCACAUCAAUUGCAAUCCAACAGCUAUUACUCGAAUUCAGGAGGUGGUCCCAAUGGGCCCCAGUUCUAUGGUGGUCCACCGCCCCAGGGCGGAGGCGCUGGCGCACAAAACUAUGGUCUGGCUACGACAGCAGCCGUCGCUGGCAUGUAUGGCGGUCAUACGGGCCACCAAGGCGGACCACCUGGAUCGAAUGGUCCGCCAGGACCUCAGGGUCCCCCCGGCCCCCAAUCGCAACACACUAUGGGAAACUUUAAUACACAGUUUAUGAACUCACAGCUGUUGGCAGCAGCAGCCAUUAAUCAAUUCCGGGGCGGUCCGACUCCGGCAGCGGCUUAUCUGAAGAACAGCCAGGGUCAGAGUCACCUGCAGGACUCGAUGGGCAGGCAACUGAAGAGUCCCCUAAGCGCAGACAUGAGUCUGGGACUGGCCAAGCAGGUGCAGUCGCAGCCAAGUCCACCGCAUCAUAAGAACUACGGCGGUUGGGAUAUGCAGAACCAGGUGCUGCAACAGCAGCAAUCCCAACAGCAGCAGCAACAGCAGGUGGCGCAACGGAACAGCGGCACCGGCGGCGGCAAUACGCCCAACAUGAAUGCUUUGGGCGGCGGUGGACGCAGCGGCGCCGUCGGCAGUGGCUCCGGUAGCUCUCAGGUGGUGGGCGGUGGCAAUAGUGUGGGUAGCGUUGGCCAGAGCGGCGGUGGUGCGCAGGGACGUUACCCGACCCCCAUUCAACGGCCCAACAACUAUCCACAGCAUCCACAGCAACAACAACAGCAGCAGUCGCAGCAACAGUCGCAGCAGCAACAACAACAGCAACAACAGAGUCAGGCAUCAGCGCAGCGGGCGCAAAAUAUGCGGCUGGUGACGGGCGGCGGCACUGGUGGUGGUGGCGGUGGUGGCGGCUCCUCAGUCGUGAGUGGCGCCAACAAUGGUGGCCCUGGAGGUCCCGGUGCUGGCAGCGGUUCGGCUCCUGCUUCAGCGGCUGCUGCCGCAGCGGCUCAACUAAGCAAGCCGUCGUACUAUGCCAACAAUUCAGGUGGUGGUGCAGGCAGCGGCGGUGGCGGUGGUGCCAAUCGUGGCGGCGAGUGGCACUCAAAUUAAAACGCAGCUCUCAAUUCCGGCAGCUCACACACACACACACACAUGCACACACUUCCCCAGGCUGGCCAGAGAUGUCGCCAAAAUGGCAGACAAACACACACACACACACGCCGACACUCACACACAUACUCUCAUAUACUCACACCCAUGCAACAUACAUACACACACACACACACACUGAAACAAACAAACAUUACGAGAAACAGAAACACUUUACGGAUGCAUUGAAAUUAGCAGGAGCGUAGCCAACCAACAAAUAUUUACUUAUAUAUACAUUUAAAUACAAGAAAAUACUAGCGAAAGCAAAUUUAAAUGAAAAAACAAACAGCUAAAAAACGCAGUAAGAGUAACAAACAAACAAAAAACAACAGCAACACAAACAGGCAAAAUGCGUUGAAAACACACAGACACACACACACACAGGGCUUAAGUUUAAAUCUAGCAACAAAUAUAAACGCAAAUAAACUUUAAUCUUACCACACGAUUGAGGGAAAAAGAAUCUUAAAAACAAGCAACAACUUUUUAAAUAAAAAAACAACCUGCGAAUAUAAUAGUAGUGUGAAAAUUGAAAAUUGUUAAAACCGGGCGUCGUUAUUGAGAAGCAGUGCGAGUGUCGUUGACCGCGUCCCGCCUCGUCUCGCCUCGCCGCCUGCCGCCCGCUACAAAACCAAGAAAGCAACACCAAGCAACCUACACCAACCAAGCAACAAACAAAUAAACAACAAAAUUAACAGAAAGUAAAAUAAAACAACAAAAAAAUUAAAACGAGCAAGAAAUUUGCAAAAUAUAAUCCUUAUAAUUUAGUUGGGUUACAUAUUCACAUACAUAUACAUACAUAUAUAUAAAUAUAUAAAUAUAAUUACAUACAUUUAUAGAUUGAAUCUGCAGCUGCGUAAAUGUUAUUAACGAUUGGUAAAAGCAAUUUGAAACAAACAAAAACAAGAAUAGGGGGCAGCAGCAAAAGCUCCAACAAUUCGCGCGCUCGCGUCACUUUUAUUAAAUGUUUGCAAAUAAAAAGGACACACACAUACACAUACACACACACCCAAAAAUAACAAAAACAAGAAAGGAAUAAACCCGAUAACGGAAAUUAAUGUACUGCGCUAUUUGCUCUUCAUUGAUGGAAAUUCACAUCUUACUUUAUAAAACUAAAUCAUAAAUAAUUAUCAUUUUUUUUAAUAUGUAUUGUGUUAAUUUUUAGCUUUUAGUUUUUAUGUUAAACUUAAAGAAACAAAAAUAUCAAGAGAAGCAAAAGCAAAACGCAAAAUGCAAAAACUGAACGAAGAAGAAAAGAAACGCAAAAAUAGCUGAGUGUAUUUUUUGUCAAACAAAUUUACAUUAUACAUAUAUAUAUAUAUAUACUUUACCCAUUACUACUACAACUAUCUUUUUAGUCUCCGGCACUGCGUAUGCUUAUUUGCAAAACUAAUAAUUCUAACUUAUGUUUAUGCUACAAUACAAUAUAAAAUUAAAUAUACUUCUAUCUAUCUAAUAUAUGUAGAGAGAGAAAAAACAUACGAAACGUACGAGAAGAGAGCAAACUUCUGAGUUGAGUUUGUUUAAGCGCAAAGUUAAGUUGAAAAUUAAAACUAAAUCAAUUAUACUAUAUUCUCAUCCAUCUCGAUAAAGCGAUAUACAUACAUACAUACAAUACAUAGAUACUACACUAAUUAUUAAACCAACGAAAUCCAAAUGGCCAGCCCAUCACAUCAAGCGCUAUUAGCAAUAUUUUGCAGUUUGCCAGAUCCAGAUUCAGAUCUUGGGCGCUUGCUUGAACUACAAUAUGAUGAAUAAUCCCUCCAAUUGCAUAUUGUGUCAAUGGCCAGUGAUUGGUUAUCCUCGUUCGUUCAUCAAAUGAAAACAUAAAUCGAUCGAUGAUCGUCGAUCGGUGACCGACCAAGCACAAGUGUUCAGGCAGCGCACGCGUUGGUGGCAACGCUGCGAGGCGAGAAGUACCAGUGCUGCCAGUUUCCGCUGUUGUCGCUUGCAGUUAGUGUUUAACCCACUACCAGACAAACGUCAUCAAUAUGAACCGAAAAAGAAAUUAAUUAUAAUAACCAACAAGCGAAAAACUUGCAAAUUUCCGGACAAAAUCGAAAUUGCAAUUGAGAAUUUUGUAUGCUCAACCGAACACAACAACAAAAACAAUUGCCGAUCCGUUGCAAGCUCCCUCCUCCAUCCAAAUGCUGAUGUUUGGACAGAAUAUGAAGGGGGGGUAGGCCUGAGAAGGGUAUGGAGGUGACACGUAAAGUAAUGCAAGUUAUGGAAGGAAAAAAAACAAAGUAAUAAAAGCGCAUUAUAAAGCAUCUAUAACUAAAUGUGUAAUUCAUUAUAAAACUUAACGCGAAUACAUGUAUGGUGUGUAUAUGUACAAAUAUAUAUAUACAUAUAUACAUGCCUUAUAUACCUUUAUAUACAUACAUAUACAUACACACACGUACUAUAUAUACAUAGACAUGCAGCGCCCAAGCAGCAAAUAAUUUCGCAAUUAUGCAGCAAAUUUUUAAUAGGCAACCAAAAUAUGGUUAUGUUAGGACGACACGAAAAUCAACAAUAGUAGUAGAAUUAAACCGAGAGUAAUGCUGCGCCACAAACUAUUCCGAUACCUUGAUGUCGGCAGGAGUGAAUGAAAUUAUAGAAACUUAAAAAAAUAACACUUUAGAUACAAAUCAAACAAAACAGCAACAGCAAGUUGGAAACAUUCGGAAAACUAAUGUAGCAUCGUUUUAGUUUAUGGCUGAUGAGAACGCUUUAAUUUAUUUAAUUUUUUAUAUUUUCUUAGUAACCUUUUGCUCACAACUCUCACACAAAAUAGUAGCAGCAAUAAAUACCUAUAAUAAUUAUAAUAAUAAUAUAACAAAUAAUAAUAAUGAUAAUUAUAUUAUUAUCGAUUGAUCGAUCGAGUCGAGUCGAACCGCAAACAAAAUUGGCAGCGAGAAAUGGAAAAGUGCCGCGCAUUUUAUAUGACCCUAUUAUACAUAUGUAAACAUAAUUUUUAAACUCACACAUAUACAUACACACAAACACACACUUACUCACUGAAUUCAUCCACACAAACAUACA